AGUAAAUAAGCUGCCAGUUGUGCACGUUAUUUUGUUUUGAUCUGAUUAUGUAAAGAAACAGUCAGUAAUGGGUGUAACUUUGUAACUAAUUCAAGAAUUUGAGGAAAAUAAGCACGAAAUGUUCGAUAACACUACUGUAACUUCUACGGAAACAAAACCGGCACCCCAACAAACGGAAAUGACUGUCGAGGAACGCAAGUAUCGCUUUAGAGCUGCUGCAUUUUUGACAGGAGUCGCCGGUAUUUCGGCAAUCGUUGGCUUCGGUAAAACAAUAAUGACCGCAAAAAAAUCCGACCCACAAUUUUUUGACAAAGGUGUACAGGGCAGCAUCGCAAUGCGUGAAACGGGCGCAGGACUAGCCUUAAGGGCGUUCGGUUGGGGCACGCUGUACGCCUUCCUGGGCACUGGUACUAUUUGCUACGGUAUCUGGAAGCUGUCUGGAGCUACAAAUAUGCGAGAAUUUAGAGAAUCAAUCGGUAAAAUAUUACCACGGAUACCAAAGAACGACCCACCAAAAAGUAGAACGGAAUUUGAUGGACUGACGGAUCUCAUGAAGUAUUUAUCUACUUGGGGCAAGAAAGAAAAAUAGAUUUAGUGAAUUAAUAUAUUCAAAUUCUUCUAUUUGAAAAUAAAUCAACGAAGUUGAAAUGAUAUAUAUUUUUAAUCGGCAAUCAGUACACUUUAGCAUGAUACAUAUAUACUAUGCGAUGGAAUCAACGGAUAGCACAGGCAGAUUUACUUGAAUAAAUCGAAUCCGUCGUUGAUCAAAUCGUCGGUUCUGAAAACAGAAAUAAUUAAAUAAAUUCCUUUCAAAACAACAA